AUGAUCACUCAAGCUGUCCACAUUUCAGGUGAUAAGGACAAGCGAGUCAACUUGAUGUUUUUUGCCGACGGAUAUACCAUGCAGGAAUUGGGUAAAUUCGAAUCAGAUGUAAACAAGUUGAAAGACGAUAUCAUCUCACCUCAUGGUGCUAUGGGACACGUAGCGGAUUUAUUGAAUAUCUGGGCGACUUUCGUCCCUUCCGAACAUUCAGGUAUAGGAACUCAUGAUCAACCCCUUCCAGGUGCAGCAUUAGGGUUAUAUCGUCCUGGGCCGGAACUCAGAGCUGUAUAUGUGAAACACCCCGAAAUAGCGAGAGCAGCUUGCAAGUGGUUCAGAGAGGGUGGUGCGGGUGAUGGAGAUUGUGACCAGGCUAUUCUAUUGGGAAAUGAUCCCUUAUAUGGAGGUCUAGGAGGCGAAUUUACUAUCAUCACAGCAUCUGAGCUCAACGGUCCCCUUGUACUUCGUCAUGAACUGGGACAUAGCUUGAUACCAGUAGGGGAGGAAUAUGAUGGGGGAUAUGCAUACUCCGGUGUCAAUUCAGAUAAGAUAACGUAUCUAAAUGAUCUGAAGUGGAAAAAUUACUUAGCAAAUCCUGGUGAGACAAGAAUAGAGGAUUCUCGAAUGGCUGUUCAGGCUUAUCCAUGGCACGAUCUUGAUAUAGGAGAUUAUAAUUCAACCUUUAUGUCUUUCAAUGAUUUCGCAAGCCAUACAAAGUCAUAUCCUACUGCUCUACUCCGUACAUCAUUAUCUUCUAUUCCUCAUCCUUCGCACGUAAAUCUGACACUCAACGGCAGACCACUUGAUCUGAAGAACUAUUUCCCAACGGAAUGGCAAAACUCUCUAGAUAGAAGAUGGCUAGACAUAUCUCUUCUCGAUGGGCUGGAACUAGGAGAGAAUGUUAUAAGGGUAUCGUUGACGGAAGAAGGCAGAAAAGAGAAAGCUGGACAAGGAGGCAAGAUGAUCACCAGUUUGGAAGUAAUAGAAUACGGCGGACAAGGAAGGUUUAACCACACCUUAGGACACAUAGGAGCAUAUCGUACUUUUUCAAUGAAUGGAAAAGUGACCUUGAGACCAACGAAUGAAGAAUGUUUAAUGAGGAACGUCACCUAUCCACGAUUCUGUCCGGUUUGUGCGGAUGCAUUGCGGCAUAACUUACUCAAGAAGAUUUCUCGGAAGCGAGUGACCAUGCGAUGA